CCAGUUUAUUUUAGGAACAUCUGAAAAUACGUUCAACAUUUUACAUUCGUUGUUCAUAUGCUAAAGAAUCUAAACGUUUUUUAUUGAAAAAAAAAAAUAAAAUAAAAUAAUCAUGGCAAUUAUAUUGCAAUCAAUUUUCAUCUUUACAGUGUUAUUAAUUUUUCAAACGGGUCGAGUUAAAAGUGACGGAAUAUCCUAUGAAGACAAUAAAUAUAAUUUGGAAAAUGGACCAGUUUUGUACGAGGCAUAUUAUCCAGAUGCCAAUGUUGUAGACCAAUCACAAAAUACAUCUCCAAAUAAAUUAUAUCAACAAAUACCAGUUAUUGAAAAAUCUUAUCAACGACCAUACUCACAUAAUUAUCAAGACCAAAUAAUUGAUGAUCAGCAGGAUUAUCCUGAGAUUAUUAAUCAACAUAAUAAUUAUCAAGUUAAUAGUCAGCCGAUUGCAUCUUACACAAACCAACAACAACAACAACAACAAAAAGCAAGCUUAGAAGAGGCACUUAAUAUUAUCAUAAAUGCUAUACGUCAAAAAAAUAUUGAAUCUCAUCCAGUUUAUAAAAAUUAUCAAGUACCCUUAAAUUUUCCACCAAAUGAACCGAGAAUAACGGAAUCUGGUAAAUUUGUAUUUCCAAAUGAAAAUUAUAGGACCUAUGAAAAACAUGGUCCAGUUGAUGAUAUCUACAAAGCAAGAGCUCAUCUUUUUAAUCCAACAAAACAGCCACAAAAUAUUCAAUCAUUUAUUGGUAACAAUAAUAAUAAUAAUAAUGAAAAUGAAAAACGAAUGUCUUUGUUUGAAAAUAAUUUAACGCAAAUGAAGGAAAUUAAUGUUGAUAAACCACAAGUGGCAUCAAUUCAAGUGAGUCAACAACAACAAAAACAACAACAACACAAACAUAGACAUCAUCAUGGUGAAAAUAUACAAUCAAAUUAUCAAAGACCUUUGACCUCAAUUUAAACACAAUUAAUUUUUAUUAAUUAAAGAAACAUAAACAAUCAUGUUCUAAUUAUCUAUUUUUACAAAUAUUUUUUUUUAUUUAAAUUCAUCAGAUCAAACGAAGAAAUUGUUUUUCUAAAUUUUUUACAUAUUUAUUUGUUUGUUUUUCUAUUUGAAAAUUCAACUAUUAUUUAUCAGGUAAACUGUAUUAUUUUCAACAGCACUGUGAGUUUCUAAUUGUUAUUACAAUCAACUUUUUUUAUUUUUGUUUUGUUGUUGAUAACAACAAUAACAAUAAUAACAACAACAACAACAACAAUGCUAAUAUUAAUUAUUAUUUUUUUUUUUCUACAAUAUUUUUUUAUAUAUGUAAUUACUUAAUGCCAAUAAUUUCAAUUAAAUAAUUAUGAAGUAAAAAACAUUGAAAUUAAUAAAAAAUUAAUUAACGAAAAAAAAAAAAUAAAAAAAGUUGACUUGGUGAUAUGAAAAAGCACUUAAAUAAUAAUUCCUAUUUUCUAUUGGAACACAAUUUUCAAUUGGUGAACUGUCUCAGUUAUUAUUAUUAUUUUAAAUUUCUAUACAUGUUUUAUUAUUAUUAUCAUUAUUCAUUAUUAUUAAAUACUGAUUGAUUAUAGUAUAUAACAGUUUAAUACAACAAUAACCAAUGACAAUUUAAAAUAAAUCUAUUGGAAAAAUAAAAA